AUGCGUGCUACUGUGGAAGAUUCCAGGCUGCUGGUUUGUGUGGUGCAUUGUGGGUAGGAGACGGGUGGAUCCGCCGCCAUUUCGUGAAGACAGAGCUACGGAGAGGAGGUGUUGCUGGAGUACAGCCCGGUGACUUUAUCACAGCCACCGCUUGCUGAUCUAAAAGUGUGAGCCAUGGGAUCAGAUAAACGUGUGAGUCGCAGUGAGCGGAGUGGAAGAUAUGGUUCAGCAUUUGAUCGAGAUGAUCGCGAUGAUAGAGACACUAGGAGCCGUCGCAGAGAUUCUGAAUACAAAAGAUACAGAGAUGAACGCAGCAGCGAACGCUACGAUGACUACAGAGAUUAUGACAGUCCCGAGCGUGAUAGAAUGCGUGACAGAGAGAGGAGGAACAGUGAUCGUUCAGAAGAUGGUUAUCAUUCAGAUGGUGACUAUAUGGACCAUGACUACCGGCAGGACUAUUACAUGGAUGAAAAAGAGAGCAAGACGAUCAUGCUAAGGGGCCUCCCCAUUAAUAUUAAUGAGAACGACAUUCGUGAACUAGUGGAGUCUUUUGAAGGACCGCAGCCUGCUGAUGUGCGGCUGAUGAAGAGAAAGACAGGUUUAAGCCGCGGUUUCGCCUUCGUGGAGUUUUAUCACUUGCAAGAUGCUACCCGCUGGAUGGAAGCCAAUCAGAAAAAGCUUGUAAUCCAGGGAAAGACUAUUGCCAUGCAUUACAGCAAUCCCCGACCCAAAUUUGAGGACUGGCUAUGUAACAAGUGUGGCCUGUACAACUUUCGGCGAAGACUUAAAUGCUUCCGCUGUGGGGCAGCCAAGGCUGAAUCUGAUUUGGAAGCCCCUUCAGGAUCAUCUGAUGCUCCUCAGUCUACUGAUUACUAUAGUGACAGUGGCUAUGUAUCCUCAGCCAUAAUCCUUCGGAAUAUUGGGCCCCACACUGUAGUGGAUUCCAUCUUGUCUGCGCUUGCCCCCUAUGUCUCACUUGUGGUCAGCAACAUCCGGCUUAUCAAAGACAAGCAAACACAGCAAAACAGAGGCUUUGCAUUUGUGCAGCUUCCUUCUACUCUGGAGGCAUCACAACUCCUACAAAUUCUGCAGACCCUGCAUCCACCUCUCAAAAUUGAUGGGAAAACUGUAGGUGUGGAUUUUGCAAAAAGCGCUAGAAAGGAUCUUGUGUUGCCAGAUGGGCACAGAGUCAGUGCGUUCUCUGUGGCAAGCACAGCUAUUGCUGCUGCACAGUGGUCUUCGACUCAGCAGGCUCAGCAAAGUGGGGAAGGUGGGGAAUAUGCCUACCUGCAGCCAGGACAGGAGGGCUAUGCUAAUUAUGGACAGUGCUCCCAAGAUUACCAACCAUUUUACCAAGCACAGACUGGAGCAGCAGAGCAAAGCACAGCACCACAAGCUGAGGGUUCUGCUCCAGUGCCAGCAACUACAAGUGCAGUUGUGUGUCAAAGUCCUCAAAUGUACCAGCAACCCGGCUCUCCGACCCAAUCUGGUACAAGUACAGCUGCCAACACGACUCCAGCAUCUACUACUAGCACAACAGAAGAAGCAGCCCCUCCUAAUGCUGUUAUUCCUGGAGUUAAAUACUCUGUUCCAGAUACUUCCACAUAUCAAUAUGACGAAAGCUCAGGAUAUUACUAUGAUCCCCAAACUGGUCUUUACUAUGACCCGAAUUCUCAGUAUUACUACAACUCUCUGACUCAGCAGUACCUAUAUUGGGAUGGUGAAAAACAGACUUACUUGCCAGCAGCUGAUGGAGCAGGACAAAGUGGAGCUCAGCCCAAUGGUGCAAAUGCAGGCUCGUCUAAGGAGGGCAAAGAGAAAAAAGAAAAACCAAAAAGCAAGACCGCUCAACAGAUUGCAAAGGAUAUGGAGCGAUGGGCCAAAAGUUUAAACAAACAGAAGGAAAAUUUCAAGAACAGCUUCCAGCCACUCAGUGCCCGUGAUGAAGAGAGAAAAGAGUCCGCAGCAGCAGAUGCUGGAUUUGCUUUGUUUGAGAAAAAGCAGGGAGCUUUGUUGGAGAGGCAGUUUAUGCCAGAUAUGAUGAUGAUGGUUAACACUGAGGAGGAAGAAAAGCCCCCAAAUAAAGCACUGGUAGCUGCUUAUAGUGGUGAUAGUGACAAUGAGGAGGAGAGUGAGCGACUACUUGGGGCAGUGGAUGAGGAAAAGUUGCUGGAUUGGAAGAAGCUGGCAUGUCUGUUAUGCCGCAGACAAUUCCCAAACAAGGAUGCCCUGACAAGACAUCAGCAACUGUCAGACCUGCAUAAGCAAAACCUGGAAGUCUAUAGGAGAUCAAAGAUGUCUGAACAAGAGCUUGAAGCUUUAGAAUUAAAAGAAAGAGAGGCAAAAUACAGGGACCGUGCAGCAGAAAGGAGGGAAAAAUAUGGCAUUCCAGAGCCACCAGAACCCAAACGCAAGCGAUUUGACCCUACUGUGGUGAAUUAUGAGCAACCCACAAAAGAUGGUAUCGAUAAUAGCAAUAUUGGAAAUAAGAUGCUGCAGGCCAUGGGUUGGAAGGAGGGUUCAGGGCUGGGCCGAAAGAGUCAGGGAAUUACAGCUCCUAUUCAGGCUCAGGUCAGAAUGAGGGGGGCCGGUCUAGGAGCCAAGGGCAGCUCAUAUGGAGUAAACACAUCAGACUCCUACAAGGAUGCAGUGAGGAAAGCAAUGUUUGCGCGCUUCUCAGAAAUGGAAUAAUGAGAGACUUAAUACGACUUGAAAAACUGUAGCUUUUUGUGAAUCAAAAAUGGAAACAUCUGUGCUGUUCCUCUAAAUGGCAAAACUGGAAAAAAAUCCCUGUAGGACUCUGUUCUUGAGCAGAGGGAGCAUGAACCUGUAAAUAUGUAAAAUAUAUAUAUUUUGUACAGUGUACAUAUUUUUUUGUAAACAUUUACACCAUCAAAAAAAGUUUUUGCAUUAGAAGAUUCAGGUCAUUCGGUUUGUGACGCACCAAACGUUACUUGUAGAACACUCGAGCGUUCCCAUCUUACAGAUGUUACACAACCAUGAAAUCCUUUUUAUUGCAAGAUCGUCAUUUUGUCAUAAGACUGAACACAAUCGCACAGCUGUGCUCCCUCAAAGGACACUGCCAUCUUGUCAUAGCACAGUAUCAGGCCAACUUUGUAUAUGGAAAACUUUGUACAUUGUCUGGUGUGGUUUUUUGUUUUUGUUUUUUAUUUUGGACUUUAUUGCCCAAAUAAAUUUCAAAGUAAAUGUCAAA